AUCCCCCUUACAGAAAACAUUCUCCUCCUCCUCUCCCCACAGCCCAGCUGCGUUCUGUGCAGGAGGAGAUGGACAGCCUGGAGGAGGAGAAGGAGAGCGAGCUGGCGGAGGCCCAGGAGGAGCUGCGCGUCGCCCAGGAGGAGGUGCUCCUGCUCCAGCAGGCAGCAGAGGAGGCAGCGGCAGAGAGGGAGAACGACAUCGCAUCCCUGCAGGAGGAGCUGUGUCGCCGGCGGGCCGAGCUGCAGCGCCUCAGCGAUGAGACCCAGGAGUACGAGCUGGAGAUCACCACGCUGAGAGCCGAGAUCAGCAUGAAGAGCCAGCGCAGGGAGGUGGAGAGAAGAGAGGGUGACGUGGACCUGCUGAAGGAGGAGUGCCGUAUGCUGAGGGAGGAGUGUCAGACCCUGAAGGAGGACAACAGACGUCUCUCUGAGAGGCUGCAGCUGCUGCAGAGACAGAGGACAUGCUCCAGUGUCUACCUGUCACUGAAAGAAGAGGACGGAGGGGAGGGAACAGAGGGGAAGGAGAUGGAGACCGGCUCAGAUGAGGUCAUGACAGAGAGCUACAUGACCAUGGCUCAGUCUGGGAACUGUCGCCUGGUGGACGCCUCCAUCCAGAAGAAUAUCUCAUUCGAUGGGAAGCCAAUGACCCCAACCGGCUGGAACGGAGGCAUGGGUGAGAUCUUCUCCCUGAGGGACCAGCUCAAACAGGCAGAGGAGAAGGCCUCACAGGUUCAGAGAGAGUGUGACGGGCUGAAGAUGGAGCUGCAGGAGCUGCAGGUACUGUAUGACAGCAGUCAGAGGGAGAGAGCAGAGCUGGAGGAGGAGCUGCUGCGCUGCAAGGCAGAGCUGGAGAAGCUGUCAGGGGGGGCUCAGAUAUUCAUCCAUCCGUCUGAGCACCCUGUUCUCUCCAUCCCCUUCAUAGGAAUGAUUGUAAUAUUGGCUGUGAUCUGGUGCUGGUUGUCGGAGCUGGCGUCCCAGAGGGCAAGGGGAGUGAGGUAGGUUGGAACUCCAUUUUGACUAUCACUGCAGCCACAGCAGUGUUACUAAUGAUGACUAGCUUGUUGAGAGCUCUCGUCCGAUGUUGAUUGGAUGGGCAACAACCGCGCAGGGACAGACGUCUGCUUCAGACCAGCCCUCGUUCUCUCCUGCCAUGUCUAUAGACCGAACUGGAAUUCUCUAAAUGUGAUAGAGCUGACAGCUGUGUAGUGGAAAAUGUAUGCUAAUGAGGAAGGUACUUCAUGCACUGAGAGCGGCGCGCUCAGUCUCAUCUGAGAUUGAGGAUGAGGAUGAGUUGACCUGCAGAGAGCCCACAUGAGGACUGAUCUCACUCCACUAUAUGUAUGCUAGUGUUGUGUCACUCCUCCUCUGUGUCUGUGAAUAUUAUUUUUCUCUCGUUUAGCUAACAAUGUGAUAAAAAUGAAGGUUUUGAUUAAAUGUGUACCAAAUAGUUUUCAGUUUAUUUAACCAUUAUUUAUUUGUUUGUUUAAAUAUUGUUCAUAGUUGUCUCUGAAAAUAAUGACCAACAUGGAGUGUGAACAUUUAAUGCACUGAAGGCAAUGCAGUUUGCAUUUGUUUCUUAGUAAGUUGACUUUUAAUUAUUUGUUGCUUCCCCUCGAUUAGACCUCGGGAAAAGAAGGGACAAAAGUAUGACCUUUUAGUAUUUCCCUCUUUGCACAGAGAUGCAUUUUUAGAGUAGCCUAACCAUAUUUUAUUGUGAAUAACAAACAUGUCCUCUACCAGUACCAUCCAUUUUUUUUACAUCUUUGAUGAAUGAGUCAGACGCAAUCAGACCAAGAAUUCAUGUUGCACAUUGCUACUCUGCCCCUCUCUGCCAGAACGAAAGAAACUGUAACUGUAAAUCAACCACAUAACAAUUACCUAAUCCUCCUCCUCCAAACAAGUGACCGUGUUCCUCUCAAACCAAUUUAUCAUGAUUAAUGUCGCCAUAGUAUGAAAUUUGUCCAAUGCGUCGAAUUUAUCGUAGUGAAUAAUCACUGUUUUCUCUUAUAAAUAACAGUGGGUCAGCAUAAGAUGUUUAAACCAUCCUCACCCAUCAUGUGCACUCAAAACUCCAAAUCAUGUGUGUUCAUCGCUUUUUCAUUUAGUACAUUUGCAUGCACAGGUAUGUCGAGCUACGGUUAUAGCUUGACUGGGCCAUUUAAUUGGUCUACUGUUCUCAUCCCAGUAGUCCCAGUAUACAAGCACGGGAGGGGUAUAGAUUUUUUUACCAAGGAAGGUAUGUCCGACUUCUCUAUAGUACGUGGUGUUAUGUCCCCUUUCAGCUUGUUAGUGUCAGACUUUUUUCCAGUUGACCAAUUAGGUCACAGAUCAAACAAUCAAAAAACGUUAGUUACGGUAAGCUAGCCGCUAACUGGUACUAUGGAGGACAAUUCUAUAGCUUUGCACAUUUUGUGUGUGCUGUAAGCUUUAAUUUUAAACAGAUGAGAUGCACGCUGGAUGUAGAUUUCACCAUGUUAAUACCAGUUUACGGGGGGGGCGUGUAAACUGUGGGCAGAGCGCCUAGGCCAGUUUGGGUCCGAUUAAGUGUAUACAUGCAGGAGUAAUUCGACUCCCAAUUGCAAGAUCGAAAUUUGAUUUAGUAUGACAAGAUAGAUCGAUAGACAGGUAAUUUAUUAAUCAAAACAGGGAUCCGAGGGGAAAUUAAGGAAUAUUUUGGUCUGACUAACACAAUUAAUCAGUUUUCUCUAAUGUCAUGUAAACGUACUGAUAAAGGGGCUGUACACAUGCCGCGUUUUCUGCGCUCUCAAAUUCAUUGUUUUCAAUGUAGACGCGUGGCAGGUGCACUCAAAUGCCAGAGCAAUGCCAGAACAGUGCGCACGCAUUCCCAACAGCCUAUUUUUCAGGCCACGACGGCUGCACCCCGAGAUAAACAGUUCAAGUUUUGGAACAUGUGCAAAGGACCAACCAAUCCCAGCUGACCGAUAUCUUUCCCCUUUUCCAUAAAUAUCAGUCUGAUAAAUACGGAAAAGUUGAUCAUUAAGUGCAGAGCUGCCAGAGCUUUUCAUUUGUCCCACGGACGAUACGCCCUCACACUCUCACUAUUUACACAAGGUAAAUAGUCUAUGAUACAGUACUCGUUGAGGUUGCUUAUCAACCUCAGGAGCAACCUGCCGCCACGCUCUUGAAAGCUGGCUCAAAAAAGGCACAAAAGUAGCGCCCAGCACACGACCUUUUGGUUCCAAGCGGUUAAAGACGCAGCAUUUGUACGGCCCCUAACAGCAAGGACACUCUACACAAACCGACCAGUAACGCCAUGUUACUUUCAUCCCUCACCUUUCUCCGUCAACUUGACCCUGGCUAGCACCAAAGAUAGGCUAGCAUGAUAAACCUUCACUGACAGUUAUUGAUAGGACUAACAGGUCAUAGAGAUUUACGGUCUUCAACAAAUAAAAAUUGCCUUAGUUUUUACUUAAUGAGUAAAAAAUCAGUUUUAAUGCUGUAACUCUACCAGAACUGAUUGGAUUGGACUGGUUUUCGGCUGCUUACUCAAUAGCAGGGUGUACUUCCUGUGCACUAGUUCCUGACUUUUGUAUUACAAGAGAAAAGGUCUUUGUAGCAGCAGCCUCCCUGAUGCUUUUGUCCCUGUUCUCCCCUGCUACAAUUAAAUUCUACAUACUGCACAACUGGAUUAAAUUCCAUAAAAAUAAAUGAAUUAACAUCAUUGUACCAUCACCAACUAUCCUGCCACUGUAUUUCUGCCCCACACAACUUUUGGAACAUCAAAUUGAUGUUCUUUCCAUUGUAAACACCAAUGAUAUGCUAUUACUAACUAAACACCUGUCAAUCUAAGCUCAGUGUAUAAGGCUGAUGUUUAACCCCCCCCCCCGUGGGUGGAUCCAGCUCUUCUUCACAGUGUCGUUCGGUUCUGUGCUUUGCUCCAGGCUCUGUCACUUCCUCCUGCCUCUCAUCCGUCUUGUGUCUGACUCUGAAAUCAAACGACUCCCACCUUCCUCUUUAAUUAUCAGUUAACCAAGAUGCCGGAAAAUCAGCACGGUACUUCUGAUUCAUCCUACCUGCCCACAGCUCACUUUGAAAAUCUGAAAUCUAAACACCCACAGCUGCAUUGUUACACUUAACAAUAUGGUUUGCUGUAGUUGUGUUAUGUGCUUGUGAAGGUAGCUCAGCAACUUUGGGAACAAAUUGUAGGAUAAUUGAGGUCUAGUCUGUUUUUUAACAUUUAAAUGUGGGGAAAUAAACGUUUGUUCCUCUCUUGCAGGAUUUUAACGGCUAGUGUAUCUUUAGAUUUACGAUGAUCGCAGGUUGUUUCAGGUACGCAGUGUGAGAAUGUUGACUGCCAGCGUUUACUGACAACACUCUUCAUAUGACAAACUGCAGAUCUGAUAAACACCAUUUGACAUCUGGUCACACUUUGAUUAAACCACUGAUCAGUCUUAAGUGAAAGAUCAAAGUUAGUUAGCUGUGUGAAAUCGAUAUGGAUCCAAAACAUGUAAAUAGGAAGCUGUCAGAAAAAGUUUAAGUAUUAAUUACAAAAAAUGUCUGUAUAUGUGGAAGGACUCUGAUUAUUGUUUACAUUUGUGAGACGUUUUUUUGUGAAGAAAAGCAUGCUAGAAAAACACAUAGAAGCACAAUAUAUAAGUUAUGUUGAUUCUUUGUAUUUCAUGUAAAUAGCUCCGACACAAAGUACUAUGGGAGAGAAAUUUCUUAAAUCCAUUUGUACUAGCUUUGUAGAAAGUUUAUCUAUUUUGAAAGAGCAUCGUAUAUUUGAUAGCCAAAUUAUAUGCCGUGUAAAUGUUUAUUUAUGGUGACGUUAUUCAGAAGGAACUGCUAGCAUCGCUGAUCAUUCCCAGUACCUCUUUGGCGUAGUCAUCGCAUGCAUUCAGACUGCAUUUGACCUUAGUUGCUAGAUAGAGCAAUAUGACUCAUUAAUUUUCAGAGAUGUAUUCAAAUCUUCUUUCUGAAACAUUUGUCAUUAAACAGAACCUUGAUAAGCAACGUCUGACUGAUGUUAUUUCUGCAUUUGUAAACACAUAGAGGGACGUGAUGUGCCACUGGACUGCAAAUGUCUGUUUUAAAUCUGAUCUGGUUGCAAUAGAAAUUAAAUCCCUGUUGACUGCAAUGGUACACAUGAAUGUCGUCUCAUUCAGAUCAUUAUCUUUUAUUAUUUCCUGAAUAUUUACUUCAUCACAGCUCCACAAGCUUCUCUAUUGCACUGUUGUUCUCAGCUUGUUGCUUUACAUAUUGACAGCAUUGUUGUUUUCGAUAUAGUUGUGGCUAUUUUGUUACCUGGAGGUCUAUUUUGUACUGUAAAUGACUUGAGAAAAUAAAUAUACCCGCCCCACAUGAUGU